GCUUUCUGAGCCUCUGGAUAGUGGGGCUGGCUUUUAGGGCUCGCAAGGGAGAAUCUCACCUUUCAGUUAAAAGAAACGGAACAUAGCAGGGAGGGGAAGAGGGAAUCCUGGACCCCAUCCUGGUGCCUGAGAAUGAGAGAUUGUUAAGCAACUGGAAGGAUCAGUGCACAGCACAUGGAUCAGAAACAUUCAUAGAAGCAGCAAGUAGUGUAUAUUACCUCAACCCUUACAGAACUUUCCCAGUAAAUACAGCAUGCUGACAGCCUGGCAUCCCUGCUGGGUGGAUCCUGCAACUCCGAGAGGGAAUGGCACUGCUUGUUUUUAAUUAGCAAAGGUGAAAGGUGAAUUAAAACUAGCUGUUUGGCAAGUCUGAGCAAGGGACUGAGUUCUGAAGAUCACCAAGGAGGAGGGUCCCCCCCCCCAUGAAUUGCUGAGCAGGAGGGACUGAAAAUACAGCUUCUUCCUGAAUCCACUGGCAGAGUUACUGAAGAGAGCUCAAGACACAACACUGCAGAGUAACGCCUUGGAAUGUCCUCUCAGUUUAUAAACAGUUGUCGCAGGGAGAGAAUAUUUUUACAUGACAUUUGCACAGCCUGACAAUGUGGAGCUGUAUGCUGUUGUGAUGAGAACUGAAUUUCCCAUAGAGAUCCUCACAAACUGAACAGAAAAAGACUUAGCUGCACUGGGAAAGUCAAGAGUGGAACUUGAAGCUUUUAAAAACAAAACAACUAAGUGAAGAAGCACAAGAAUUUGAUCUUGGCAGCAUGGCAUCUACUAAGGACCUUUUAAUCCUGGCACUAUAUGGCUUGCUACUAGAGUUACCGACCUCAUGUCAUACAACAGAUACAAGGCUGCCAAGAUUACGUCUGUCACAUAAAGAGCUCUGGGACUUAAACAGGACAUCAGUCUUUCAUAGCCCAUCUGGAUACCUUGGUCUUCACACAAUGCUUCUGGAUGAAUAUCAAGAGCGACUGUUUGUAGGAGGAAGGAAUCUUGUGUAUUCUCUCAGCUUGGACCGCAUCAGCGAGAACUACAGAGAGAUACAUUGGCCCAGUACACCCCAGCAGGCAGAAGAAUGCACAAUUAAAGGAAGAGAUGCUGACGAAUGUGCAAAUUACAUCCGUGUCCUUCACCGGUACAACAGAACACAUCUCCUGGCCUGUGGUACAGGGGCUUUUGAUCCCCUCUGCACUUUUAUCAGAGUUGGACAUCCAUCAGAGGAUCAUCUAUUUCAACUGGACUGGCACAAAUUUGAGAGAGGACGAGGCAGGUGCCCUUUUGAUCCCAGCUCCUCCUUCAUCUCAACUUUAAUUGGGGGUGAGCUGUUUGCUGGGCUCUACAAUGACUACUGGGGGAGAGAUGCUGCUGUCUUACGUACUAUGGGUCGUAUGCCACAUAUUCGAACUGAACCUGAUGAUGAGCGUUUAUUGAAAGAACCAAAGUUUGUUGGCUCAUACAUGAUUCCCGACAAUGAAGACCGGGAUGAUAACAAAGUCUAUUUCUUCUUUACUGAAAAAGCAUUAGAGGCAGAAACAGGCGCUCAUGCCAUUUAUGCCAGAGUUGGACGAGUGUGUGCGAAUGAUAUGGGAGGACAGCGAAUGUUGGUGAAUAAAUGGAGCACUUUCCUUAAAACCAGACUGAUCUGCUCUGUACCAGGAAUGAAUGGAAUCGAUACGCAUUUCGAUGAAUUAGAGGAUGUGUUUUUGGUACAAACUCGGGAUAACAAAAAUCCAGUGAUAUUUGGACUCUUUAACACUACAAGCAAUAUUUUUAGAGGAUAUGCUAUAUGUGUCUAUCAUAUAGCUAGCAUCCGAGCAGCCUUCAAUGGACCUUAUGCUCAUAAAGAAGGACCUGAAUACCAUUGGUCUCUUUAUGAAGGAAAAGUACCUUACCCCAGGCCUGGUUCGUGUGCCAGCAAAAUCAAUGGCGGUCUGUAUGGUACCACCAAAGACUAUCCUGACGAAGCUGUCCGCUUUGCAAGGAGCCAUCCACUGAUGUAUCAGCCCAUCAAACCUGUCCAUAAAAGGCCAAUACUUGUGAAAACCGAUGGCAAGUACAACCUAAAACAAAUAGCGGUGGAUAGAGUGGAAGCUGAAGAUGGGCAAUAUGACGUCUUGUUUAUUGGCACAGAUAAUGGGAUUGUGUUGAAAGUCAUUACAAUUUACAACCAGGACACAGAAUCAAUGGAAGAAGUGAUUCUUGAAGAGAUGCAAGUAUUCAAGGUGCCAGUUCCUAUUAUUUCUAUGGAAAUAUCUUCAAAGAGGCAACAACUGUAUGUUGGAUCUGAGUCUGCCGUAGCACAAGUGAAGUUCCAUCAGUGUGACAUGUAUGGCACAGCCUGCGCUGACUGCUGCCUAGCAAGAGAUCCUUACUGUGCUUGGGAUGGGAUAUCCUGUUCUAGAUACUAUCCCACAGGAAUGCAGGCAAAGAGACGUUUCCGCAGACAAGACGUUCGACAUGGAAAUGCAGCUCAGCAAUGCUUUGGCCAGCAGUUCAUUGGAGAAGCCCUGGAGAAGACUGAAGAAUGGAUAGUAUAUGGAAUAGAGUACAACAGCACUCUUCUGGAAUGUACCCCUAGAACUUUACAAGCUAAAGUGAUCUGGUUUGUGCAGCGAGCCCAUGAAGCCAGGAAGGAGGAGGUGAAGACAGAUGACAGAAUCGUCAAAAUGGACCUUGGCCUCUUAUUCUUAAGGUUGCACAGGCUGGAUGCAGGGACCUAUUUUUGUCAGACUGUGGAACACAGCAUUGUUCAUACAGUGAGAAAAAUCACCCUGGAGGUGGUAGAGGAAGGGCGCGUGGAUGAAAUGUUCAGCAAAGACUAUGAAGAGGAUAUACCUCAUAAAAUGCCAUGCCCAGCACAAAGCAGCAUUCCUCAGGGAUCGAAGCCAUGGUACAAGGAAUUUCUGCAGCUAAUAGGGUACAGCAACUUCCAGAGGGUCGAGGAGUAUUGCGAAAAGGUGUGGUGCACGGAUAAGAGGAGGAAAAAGCUGAAAAUGUCCCCGUCCAAGUGGAAAUACGCCAUCCCACAGGAGAAGAAGGCACGCAUCAGGCCAGAGCAUUACCGCCUCCCCAGGAACAUAGUUGACUCUUGAUGGACAAAAUCCAUCCAUUCUUUCUGGGAGAAUUUUUAUUUGGACCUAAGGAAUAGGGAGAAAUCAGUCUUGGGUUUGGUAACUGAAACAGGUUUAUAUAUAUAUAUUAAAUAAUGAGACUGAAAACAGAAAAGUGUUCUGUUAAGUUAUAGCUUAUGCUAGCUGUUUCUAAAUAGGUCAUUGCAUUCAGUGUUUUCCAUUUAAGGAGAACAUAACAAUCAUUGUACUUUGAGUCCUUUAGUCAAUUUCCCAUGUGGACCAUGCUUCUGCUGUAUAGUCUUGCAUAUUAAGGGAAUAUUAAAAUAAACUCAGAUAGCUAAGCAUUGACAAGCGAAGAAAAAUGUGAUGUAUAAUUUCUGUUGCUUUCACAAAUGUCCUAUUGCUUCUAAAAACAGCACAUUGCAAAAUCUUAGCUUUCACUUGUGGCCUGUUUGUCUGUAUUCGUAAGAACCACAAGUUUUGUUAGUGUGUUGUACUCUUAUUUCUAAAGACGUUGAAAGGGAAUCUUAUCUACUUCCCAUCAUUGCUUGUGUUUACCAGUAAUUUGUGAAGCACAGUGUACUACUAUCACAAUUAAAUAGUACUGCCUUGUAACCCGAUGUAAGUCAAAUGCAUGCAGAGAACAAAAACAGAAUGAAGUUCUUCAGUGUAAUUUGCUGUAAGACAUUGGAGUAAUAGUUUAGUGGGAGUGUAAAUCAUGGUUAUGUUAAUGGACAGUUGGCUCAGUAGAUAUAAGAUUUAUAAGAAUGCCCUCUUGUGGAAAAAGAGAGCAUUUCCUUAUAUUGGUGUUAACAUUUUCUCCAGAAAUGUGCAUACAGUACUUGAGCGUUAUCCACAUUCUCCUGAUCUGCAGCCUAUCUGUUAGUUUUACAGCCUUUCUGCUGCAUGUGCUGAAAUCUCAAAUAUUUCAAACACAGGGUUAGAAAUCACUUGUACUGGGGAAUAGAGUUUAAAGAAAUGACCAACAUAUUAAGGCAUUCAAUGUAAUUUGCUUUUGGUGUAGCAAAUACUGGUGAAAGAGACAGGUAGUGAAAACAACUUGUAUUUGUAUAGUUGCAUGGUCUGAUUUACCUGAUAUGGAAUCUCUUCUUAGCACAGUUAUUUUGCUGAACUUGUGAAUACUAGGGAUGUGAGAUCGAAAGAAUAAGAAAUCACUUACUACCUAGAAUUUUCAGAGUAUCACUAAAAAUAUACAAAGCUUUAAUUUUAUGCUUAAUUUUCAUAUUUUUCUGAGAAACAUAUCACAUUUUAGCACAAAGAGUCACAUGAGAAAUUGGAUGUGAACAUAUGAAUUGGAACUAAAAACACCUGAAAAUAUAAGCUACAGUUGUGAUAUAAAAAUAUGAAUCACAAAUAACACAGUUGGAAAAUUCUAGCUGAGUGUGAGUUCUGCAGGAUCCUUUCCCAUCUGCUUAGAUGGGUUCUAGCGUGCGAGUGAUUACAUCCCAAAUGUGUUGCACCACUAGAUAAAUCAACUGCUUCAGUCAGAACAUGACCCCAACCAUAAUGAAUAGCUCCAAGUCUAUAAAAUUGGUCUGUCUCACAAUUUUGAGGUAACUAAACAUAUAUUUCAGGGGUGUUCCAGUUAACAGGUUCAUAUACAACUCUCAUUCCACCUUCAACUUCUAAUCAAGAAACGGUGUCCGGGAUUAACAUUCUGGGGCACACAGAUUUGUUGUUAACCUAGCAAUCCUGUUAUUAACCUAAUACUGGAGAGGAGGUCACUGCUGUGCACUCCAGUGUCUCUAAGAUACUCUGUAUGUGGAACUAACAAAACACUGUGUCUGAGAGAAGGCAGUUGCUGGGAUCAGAGUCUAAAGCUAGAAUUGGAGUGAGCUUAACUAGGAUCUUAUCUCUUCAUUUGCUGGGAACAGAGAGUGUCUUGGUGCUCAGAGAGAUGCUGUGUGCAACUGGCCAGUAAACAGAAGCAAAAGGAGAAGCAAGAUUUCAUAUUAUAUUAGUCACACAGAUAGAUAAAUCUCUCUAGCUUCUAGUUAUUUUAAGUAGGCUGCAAUUUAUCUGAGAGUUUGCAUGGCAUGUAGUUGGAGGGACUGGCUCAGUGAUCCAGUGGCAAAGGCAUGAGGAGAUCAGAGCUCACUGCUCCCUUGACUAGGAGAAACAGAGAACAUUAUGGAAAGAGCAUCUACAGAGAGGGAACAUCUUGUAGCC